AUGCGUCUUUCCACCGUCACCCUUACCGUCCUCGCUGCCGUUGCCUCUGUCUCGGCGUCCGCUCUUUACCGUCGUCAAUAUCCCUCCUGCGCCAAUGCCUGCCUUGCCGCUGCUGACUUUGGCAAUUGCGAGAUGACCGACAACUUCUGCUUGUGCAGCAGUGAACCCUUUGUCUCUAGCACCACCACUUGCAUCCAAGCCGCCUGCGAAGGUGAAGACCUCGAGACUGCCCUCUUUGUGUCUCGUGAACUCUGUGAACGAGUGGGUGUCACUCUUGGUGGACCCACACCCACCGGCGAUGCCGCGACUCCCUCUGGCUCUGGCUCUGGUUCUGGCAGCUCCAGCCCUGCUCCCACCUCCGAUGGUGAUGAGGAAAACGAAGUUGGAGAAGACGGCUCUGCCAUGGCCCACGGUGUCAACAUCGCGGCCGUCGCCGCUCUCGGUCUUGCCGCUUUGGCUUUCUAA